AUGGCCUCCCCAUCCCCAUCCCCAAGGCCACCAACACACAUCGCCCAAACCCUCCUCUCCCGCGCACACUCCCCCGACACAACAAACCAACAAUUCACCGAGCGCAUAAAACAAAAACCGCUCUUCCUGCGCGCAACCUCCCCCUCGGCUUCGGACAACCGCUCCCGGCGACGACAGCACCGCCUCCGCAAGAAAGAAUACUUCCUGCGACACCAGCGACCACGCCCGCUAUCAGCGCGGGAAAAGCGCUCCUCCGGGAUCUACGAUCUCCCGCGCGAGGAGUGCAAAUACGCACUUUUUCGGGGGCUGCAUGCGCUGUGGACGGGGUAUAUGCAGGAUCUUCUUGAUGUCAGAUCUUCAACAACCGUUGUGAAUGCCAUGGCGCAUGGUAGUAAGCUUGUCAGUGCAGAUUUCCACGGCGCCGAGGUGGAGGUUGUGAGGAGUGCAGCUGUUGGGAGGGUUGGGAUUAAGGGAAUUGUGGUGAGGGAUACGAAGUUCACUUUUGUGGUUGUGACUGAGAAGGACGAAGUGAAGAGUGAGUUUCUAUUUCUGCUUUUCGUCGGAGGGGGAGAGAGAGACAGAGAGGCUAAUGGGAGAUUUGCAGCUGUGCCCAAAGAACAAUCGAUCUUCCGCUUCACCGUGCCUUUGCCCACCCCUUCCGUCGAGUCGGGGCAGGGCGAGGCACGUGCAGAGACUGCUCGGAAUGACCAAAAUACUCCGAAGCCGCUGGUCUUUGAGCUCCAUGGCAGUCAGUUCCAGAAUCGGCCCGUUGAUCGAGCGAAUAAGAAGUUUAAGUGGAGGAAUGUCGAGUACCUUUGA